AUGAUCUCCCAAACGCCCGAAAUUGCUUCGGAAACCCGGCCGGGGUCUAGGCAAGAUGUUGGGCAGCAGCAACUCGGGCCACGAGAUCAAUACGAGGAGAUCGAGGGAAACACAGAACCAGGCAAGCUCCCUCGAAUUUUAAACAACCACUGGGAGCCCGGGACGAUGCGACUCGUCCUCCUAGCGGCCGCGAUCACAUUUAUCGGACAGUUGUUGUUCACCUUAUUCCCGUUCUUCGUCUUUGCGCGCGAGGACCCGACGACGUGCUGUGUGGUGGGCCGAGUGAUGGCGGUCAUCGGCGCCGACAGCAUUGCCCCGAUUUUCUUGAUUGGGCUCAGUAUUUUGGCGUGCGGGUUCUCGACUUGCGUGUUCAUCAUCGACAAGGGGCUGACGCUGGGCACGGCGCUGGCAGCCUUCUCAUUGUCACAGCUUCUGCCGGGCGCUCUUACCUACGCGAAACAUACGCUGCUUCUGAAGGCCGAAUCUGUGUCGCUCAUCGUAUCCGGCGCCUCAUUUGGAAUGCUGGCAUAUCCGCUGUUUCUGAAUUUAGCUAGGGAAAACGAUUCGCGGCUUUUCGUCGCGAUCAGCUUUUUCUCCACUCUACUGCUCGUUUUCCUCUUCGUUUCCAUGCUGAAUUCACAGGCACAAACCGAACGCACGAAAGCAACGCAGGAUCGAGUACAGGCCUUCAUCUCUCGGUUCUUUUCCGGGGAAACUGGCUCGGACGAUUCCGAAACCAAGGUCGGCGGGGCGAUUCUGUCGAGCGGGUUCCGAAGAUCAAAGUCACGCUGGAGCGCGAGCCGCAGGUCCAGUUCAAUUGAGAUU